GGACGGAGGAGCCGACGGUUUCUGUCCUCGAAGUUCGAAACGAGCCCCAAUUAUUCCCUUCUCUUUCUCAAAAGUUUGUUUCAAUUUAAGCGAAUACCAUUAUUGUCUCAUCGACGCCAGCAAUCAGACACAUCUUGAUCUUGAGCCUCGGAGAUAUUUUUUCUUUCUUAACUUGACGGCUUCGUUCCUUCGACAACUGUGCUUGUUAGUCUUAACCGGCUCGUAACGGCGACUAUCAACGAUCGCAUCGACUCCGAUUGUUAUCUUCAAGAACCGUAUUAUUCGCUUUUCAUUCAAUCUACUUGUUGUCCGGGAAGACAUCCUUCAGCAGUCGAUUUCCGUACCAAGACACUCUGGUUGUCAGAUAUCCUUACAUAUUUUCGCCAUCACAGCGCCCCGUCUUUGAUCAAAGCCACUUCAGUUGAAGACUUGAAGACCCCAAGCAAAACACACCUUUUAAUUAUCAAGCACUCGGUUUGCUCGCAUCUUACCAAUACCAGACCAGCUGGCCGACUGGCUCUACCCUAUUGUUCUGUUUGCCGCACUUGGCACACCAGCCUGCGCUGGAUUCCAGUCUCCAUAUUCAAUUUCCAUAGCCGUCAUCAGCGUGUAGCACUAGCAGCCCUCGGCCAUCCCCUUCAACCAACCCAGGAAUUCUUCUCCCCCGAUGGCACUCGCCUUUUUCAGCGCACCAGCCCUGCCAGGACUCUGGGGCUUCGGCAAGGCCGCCGAGGCCUCGGAUGACUCCAAGCCCCGGCCGGAAUCGAUGAGUGCUGAGGCAGUUAUUAAAUGCAGUGAUUGCGGGGGUGAUGUCGUUCUGGCUCAGUUGGGCGAACACAUCUGUACUCCGUCAGACGGCCAGUUGGCAACAAUUCCUGAAGACGAACAAGCCGAACCCGACAGCGAGAACAUCCUUGCUAAACCUCCAGAGCUCGACAAAACUUCCAAACCCGACCUCACCGAAAAACCAUCCAAAGAAGCCCCCGUCACUCCCGCUCCACACACCAGAAAUUCCACCGCUUCAAUCGGCAAGGCUACCUCAUCCAGCGGCCUGUCUACUACCUCAUCCAGCAGUCUAUCGACUACUUCAUCCAGUAGCCUGUCGACUGAUUCAACCAGCAAGUCUACGGCGCAAACCAGUAGCCAGUCUUCUACCAGCACCUCCUCACUCGAUUCAUUGAAAGAGAAACUUUUGAAUUCUAUGCGACCGGACUUGAAAUCCGACCAGAGCUCAUCAACCUCACCCUCCAAGAUAAACAUGAGUUCUCAGAAAUUUAAAGCGACUGCUUCCUCUGAAGAUUCAUUCUCCAACUCCGAGACUUCAUCAUCGAGCAAUUCCUCGUCUGGAAGGAUGCCUUUCUUCGAAAGAUAUGCUCAACUGAUGCCCAAAACGACGAACAACCCGAGCAGCAAAGCCACUUCGCGUGACGCUGAACGGGAGAAGGAUGAUGUGAGGUUUCCCGCGAAGAAGCCACUGAGUCCCAUCACCUCGCCCGAGUCUUCGCCGUCUCCGUUCCAAACAAGUUACCAGUCUUCCCAGCUCCCCCAGCCGAAACUGCCCACGUCCAAGUCGAUGCCGUUCUCGAACCUGACAGCACUUGGUGCAGCCAGUCAACGGCGAGAAGCGCUGACACGAAAUACGACGAAGGAGGAGAGGAAGAUGCCGAAUUCGAGCUCUGCGGCCAGUGGACUGGAUAGACUGAUAGCCAGGGAACACGAGGAGCUCUCACGGACUGUCCAACACACUCGAAACCCAAGACCGCUCAAGGACACUGAUCAUCAUCCCCGCGCACAAGUCCCAACAACAACAAGCAGCAAGUCGAGAACGCGCACCAAUGACCCCUCGGUGACCGGCUUGGAAGACCUCAUGGGCGACCUGAUGGCCGAGAUGGAGAAAAAGGCCGAGCUCAGUAGCGAGGAAUAUCAGAAAAGAAACCGCCAACCGGUAGUCAAGAAAAUUCUUGUCCCCGAAACUACUACCCCUAAAAGCUCUAGCCCCGGAAGAUUCAAGCAUCGUGAUUAUGAGACCGAUACUCCACGGAAAUAUCCUUCGGCAUAUCCAGAUGACACACCCAGGAUCCAUGGGAGACAACCAUCAGAUCCAUCCAGUGAAUCGUCUCCGAGUUCACCUGGAAUCCGGCCGUCGGACUCUAUUUCGCAGCUAGGAUAUACGCGCUCGCCGUCGCCCCGUCUGGCGAAGCCACUGGCGGUGCUGACGGGAGAUGGGGGGUAUAGCGGUGUGCGAACGAUGCAUGGAGAUGCCGAUCCGACACGUCAAGAACCCUCGGACGGACGAGGCCCGGUUCUGCGCGGCAUGCUACGCCGAUCGGUACCUGUCCAAGUGCAGGAAAUGCGCGAAGCCGAUCGAGCGGGGCGCAGUGACCGAUCGGGUCGGGAAGGUCUUGGGCAAGUAUCAUGCGGCUUGCUUUAACUGCUUCCAAUGUAAUGCGCCCUUCCCGAACGGCGAGUUUUAUGUUAUAGAACGAAGGCCAGUUUGUUCGAAACAUUACCAUCGGUUAGCCGGGACGACGUGUUGCAACCAGUCAUGUGGCCGCGGGAUCGAAGGGCCGUGUGUGUCGCUGUUUCUGGAUGGCUCGCAGACGGGCUCGGUGGUCUCGGACGACUCUUCGGGCUCGAAUCCGACGAUCAGCAACAGCGGCCGACGGAAGCUGUACCACCCCGAGCACUUCAGCUGCUCCCGACGGGGCUGUGCGACCAGUCUGCACGAGUUCCACUUCGUCGUCAACAAGAUGCCCUGGUGCGAGCGACACGCGCUUCAGGAGGAGGACAACAACCUCCCUCACCCUGGCUUGCCCCUCCUCCAUCAUCAGCCUCCGCUUCCUCCUCCUCACCACCAUCCACCUUCCUCCUCUCGGGACCCAAGAACUCCGCUCGACCAUCACAGACUCCAUCACCAUCAUCCUUCUUCCUCCCGACUGCCUUCGGACCCUCGUGCGCCCCUAGCUCAGUCCCCUCCUCCUAGACGAAUGGAACGCAGACGCACAAUCAUCCAGAACGUCCGCAACCGUUGAGAUCUUCUUCUCCCACUGUUUCUCUUUUUGGACACUUCAAUCUGUCUUGAUAAGCAUUCGAUUUCUUGUAUUUGACUUGCUCAUUCCAAUUUAAAUAUUUGUCGAUCGAUUGUUUAGACUUAUCAUCCACACCAUUUGUAAAAAAAAACAUCAAAUGUGUUUCAAGUCGUCGUUAUUUUCUCUUCUUCUUUGUUUUUGCUUGCUGUGUGAUCAGAUCUUACCAAUCGAAUCUGUUUUCAUUAUUUUUAUUUUGUUUUCACUCCAAUGAAUCGUUUUUACCUGGA